AUGCCGAAAAAACAGCGCGUGAUCGAGGGCGUGAGCGCGGGCAGCCUGGUGUCGCUGCGCGCCGAGCUGUACAAGAGUCAGGAGCGCGCCAAGGAGGAAGGCGGCGGGGAGCCGCGGGUUAGGCGCACGGGAGGCGGAGCGGAAGGGGGGCUCGGGGACCUGUUUGGGGGGAGAAACGCGGGGGUUGAAGAACGCGCGCAUAGGGACGCGCUGCAGUGGAAGGCGGAGAGGGACGUUGCAGGGCACCUGGAGCGCAAGGCAGCCAUCUACGCGCGCCUGGCCAGGGGGGAGCGCGCCGAGGGGGAGGGCGCGCAGGGGGAGGGGGCGGAUUGGGCGGGCGUGGAGGAGAAGUACAGCGUUGACUUCCUCAGGCGGGGCACGCUGGAGGAGGAGAGGCAGGAGAUGGAGCGUGAGAGGCGGGGAGAGGUGGCACUGCUGCUGGGAGGGGCAGAGGGGGAUGGGGGAGAGAGGGGAAGGGAUGGGGGCGGAGCGGCAGGUGUGGUUGCAGGAGGGGGAAUGCCGUCGACACAAAGGGAGCUGAUCAGGGAGGUGAUUGAGGAGACGCGGACAGCACGGGAGAGAGCAGCGCUGCUGAAGGCCAAGAGGCAGCAGCAGGCGGAGCAGAAGAGGGAGAAGCUUCGUGCUGCCUUCCUCAAGCAACAACUGCUGAAGGAGAAGGCGAAGAAAAAGGAUGCAAAACAGGCAGGAGGGAAGAAUGGGGGUGGGGAAGGAGGACACGUAUAA